GAAGAAGUGAUAUUCCAACAGAAGAAAGUAAUAGACUGGUUAUGAGAAUGAACACAACAAGUAUCAGUUAAAAAGUGUCAAGGACUUAUGAUUUUGUACUUGUAAUCAACGGAAUGGCACUUCCAGUAUGGUACAACCCAAUGACAAAGCCAAUGGUGAAAUGGAUGAGUCAUCAAGGUGGCAACUGUAGAGAUUUUGAGAUGGAUUUCUAUCGGUGUUCAAGUCGAACCGGACCCAAGAAAGCUGCAGAGAUAUGUUCUGCUGAGUUAGAAGACUUAUCAGAAUGUAUCACAAAGUCAAAAGAGUUUCAACGUGCUGUAACAAUGUACCGUGAGCGGAAAAAGCAAGGGAAACCAUUUGCGAAGCCUCCAGCUGGGGAUGUUGCUGGGAUAUCUAAAUAACAGCAGUUUUUAUUUAUUUAGUCGACAAAUAGUUUGUUGGUAGUAUAAACAAUGACAGAUUUUGUGACUGUAUAUAUGUGUUUCACAUUUGACCAACAUAUAUAAUGCUGCCUUGUGUUAACAUACUGAGCAGUGUACAAUGUUGGACAUAAAACUGUAUUCAUAAAA